AUGCCCCCUGAGUAUGAUGUGUUCACUGAGGGGGAUCUUUGCAACGCGAUGUACGACAACUGGACAGAUGAUGAAGACAACGAUGAUCACAACUCAGACGACAAAGAUGUCUAUUACAUCCCGGAGAUUCCGCUACUUGACGAGAUCUACGUGGCGAAACCCUGGCCCGCGAAAGAAUACGUGUUCGCCCCUCCCAUUGAGGAUGUGCAACGCGCGCUAGAUGAGCUCCGAAUCCUCCUGCAACCCCCACAAAAGCCUCGGAAGGCGUACUGCGAGCCGGACUUGGAGGCACACACGAAGACUGCCCUUGUCCAGGUCAAGUACUUCCUGCAGUGCUAUCUAGAGCGCGUGGCGAAGGCCCCGGGUGAGCGUGGGAUCUGGACAGCGGCAUCUUUGUUGGUCGCACGGGCGGACUCGAAGGGAUCGUCGGGAACGUACCUUGCAAAGCAGAUCCGAGCGCGGGCGCGCCGAUAUAUCUCGUACCGCGAGAUCCCCCACUUCUCCUCCCCGCCUGGUCGGACGAGCUGUAUGGACGAUGAGGACAUCACGCAGCGCAUCUCCCAGGACAUCGUCGACUUCUGCUCGACGCUGGAGAUGAUGGAGCUCCUGAAUCGGGACAAGCCGAUCAGCCUGGAUAUGGCGCUCGACUGGCUGAAGCGGCAUGACUACCGCUUCGCCCCACAGCUGUGCGGCAUGUACGCAGAUGGCCACGAGGACCCCGCGCAGGUUACUUACCGCAUGAAAGUGUACGGUCCUGCGAUCGAGGCCCUCCUGCCGCACAUGCACAAGUGGGACAGCAAAACGGGGCAGCUCAUUGACCCCGUGCUCAAGCCUGGCGAAAAAAUUGUGGUGCUGAAGCUCCGCUGGGUGCACAAGGACACGAAGCCUAAGCCCUGGGUGAAAGGGGAGGGGCUGUCCUUGAUGGUUGCCGACUUCGUCUCGAUGGACUACGGCUGGCUGAAGUCGCCCGAUGGCACAGACGAUGCGCGUGUGCUGCUACAUGCGGGGAAAAAUCGUGAUGGCUACUUCGACAGCAUCGGGGUCCUGCGUCAAUUCCAUCGUGCGAUUGAUCUCGUCAAAGAACAUUAUCCUGACGAAGAGCACAUCUGGAUAUAUGACAACACGCCAACACAUGUCAAGCGCCCCGAGGUGUCGCUCUCCGCGCGGAAGAUGCCGAAAGGUCCGUCGGGAAAAUUCUUUGUUCAAACAACUAAGCUGGAUGUGGAGGGUCGGCCGAUGUACGGGUCAGACGGGAAACUCGUGAAAGAGAAGGUCGUCAAGAUGCAGGACACCGAGUGGGAUGGAAAGGUGCAGAGAUUGUACUUUGAUGAGGAGGCAGGGGAAGGAGCGACGGAGGAGGAGUUGGAUCAUGCGGGUAAAUUCAAAGGAAUGCGCCGCCUGCUAGAGGAGCGCGGGCUUUGGCGCAAUGGCAUGAAGGCCCAGUGCAAGAAGAAGUUCUUGGAGUGUCCUGACGACAGGAAAACGGGUAAAUUGAAUUGUUGUUGCCGACGGACCCUAUUCAAUCAGCCCGAUUUUGUCAACAUUCCCACAAUUCUCGAGACGACGGCUCAAGGACGAGGCGCUACAGUGAUUUUCCUGCCGAAAUUUCAUUGCGAGCUGAAUCCGAUCGAGAUGUCGUGGAGUUACUCAAAGCGCGUCUACCGUGAUUUCCCGUUUUCGAAACGGCAGGACGUCCUGGAGAAGAAUGUUAUCAAAGAUGUAGGAUGCAACGGCCCUCGACAAGCAAGACGGGAUUAUGUCCCAAAUGGGACAACAGGCGGAGCGCAAAAGGCUUUCGAACUUUGCCGCGCUGGGGAUUUUGACUUAUCGCACGCGAGCAUCACAAGCCCGGCCAUGCUGACACACCUUCGCGAGUUGCCUAUCAAGGAGAAGGAAUUCUACAAGCAGCUUGUCUCGGACGCUCCAGCUCCAGCAGUCAUUGACUUCAUUGUGACGGAGCAGGUUCCUGUGGGGGUGCGGGUCAACGAAUCGGGUUCCUUCGAGCCUGUCAGCGAUGCCGAGGAUCUGGACUUUGAGCACUCUGACAUUGUACAUGUGUAUAAGACGAAGGUUCUUAAAGCUGUAUCGGUACAAUGGGAGGGCAUGAUUGUGGCGCGGACACACAUAGGCAGAUUUGGUAGGGAGCUGACAUUACCGCCGUUGGGCGGCGCGUCGAGAGGCGUUACGGUGGGGGGGUGGCGGCGGCGGUGCGGUGGUGCGGCAGCGGGCGGCGGCGCGCAUGCCCCAAGCGGGGGUGACACGUUGAGGGGCAUGGGCAAUGCAUUGAGGGGCACAGGCGAUGUGCCAAGGGCCAACGGCAACACGUCGAGGGGUGUGGGCGGCGCAUCAAGGGGCGGUGCGGUGGGCGGCGCCGCCGCCACGCAUACCCCAAGCAGGCUGCCACACCUGGCCGUGGAUUGGGUCAGGAUAGGAGACGGAAGGGAGCCACAAUGUGGAGGGUGGAUGACGGGCGGAAGGGAUGAGCGGCAGUGUGAACAGUGGCGGUGGUGGUGGGCGGCAGCGGGAACGGCUGCGGUGGUGGCAGGCAGCCGCGAAGCGUGGGCCGCAUGCCCCAAAGAGGCUGUUGAUCGGGCGCCAUCAACCCAGCAUCAACCGAGUCAUAGGGUGUAUCAGGAUAUACCUAGGGACAGACCUCCAGCAGCAAGAAGGGAAGGCAAGCGACAGACCCGGUACAAAGCCCUGGGCAGGGCCUCAGAGGCCCCUCCUCAGCAGCAGGCUGGAGGGCCUGGUGCACCCAGCGGCAACGCCAAACACAGACACAAACCGAAGGCAACUACGCACAGACUAAAGAGUGUAUAA